AUGAGCAUGAUUUUCAACGCCUUGGAUGAGCGAAUUGACUAUGCUUGCCCAAGUUGCCGUAUGACGUCUCAUGUCAACUCUGACUCGGAGAUCGAAUGUCUCACGUGUGGAACCUGGUAUCAGCGCAUUAUCGACCUUGACUCUUCGCCUUCUGGUGAAGGUGGUUUUGAUAGUGCUAAUGGUCUGUGCCCGCAAAUGAGAGAUGGCAGUGACGGCAAGCGGAGCCACGAACAUGACGCAUCCACACGCGGACCACAGAAGAGAAGACUCGAAGAGGUAGAUCUAGGAGAUGAAGAUAUUAGAGCAUUUAGAAGAGUGAGGUUGCUCUAUACCCGGAAGUCCUCAGAUGGCUAUAUUAUACCAGGCAGUAACUGUCUGUUAUUUGAUAUCUGGGAAUCAGUCAAUGUUGUCGAUUCUCCUCGAUUCACGGAUUGCUAG